CUCUGGCUUCCUGUAUCCUACAGAGAAACGCAUCGGUGACGCUGCCAGCGAUUCAGCCUCCUGCCAGUGCAGAGGCAGCCAGUGCCGGCACCUGCAUCCCUGCAUCCCUGCAUCCCGGUGAUGCCAGCUGGAGAAGGAUGAUCCUCCCCAAAGCGCCAGGGAAGGAAUGUCGGAGGCCGAUGUUUCUUUUCACUUAGCACAAGGGCACAGCGGCGUGUCAGUAAAACCGAGGGACUGUGCCCGGCUAUGAGGUGCUGAGGUGGAAGGGAGCAUCGCGCGCGGCCGCUGGCCCUGCCCGUUGGGACUGUACAGAAUGGAGACCAAGGAAGAGAAGAAGGAACGCAGACAAGGCUAUUUCGCUCGUUUGAAAAAGAAAAGGCAAGCCAAGCCAAACACCGAGACCGGCUCUGCCAAGUCCCCUGGGUCUCCUGUUUCCAAAACACCUCCUGAGAAAGAUGAUGAAAGUAAAGUUAUUUUGGAGCAAAUCAGUUCCUCUGAAGACAACUGUAAAAUUGCUGGGGAAAAGGAAACUGCUCCAGACAAAGAAAAGAAAAAGAAGAAAUACAGUCAGCUGAAAGACAUCAGACGCACGGAACUUAAAAGAUACUACAGUACAGAUGACAAUCAAAACAAAACCAAUGAAAAGAAAGAGAAAAAAAUGGUUUCUCAGAAGCCCCAGGGCACCGUUGAAUACACUGCUGGGAACCAGGACACCAUAAACAGCAUCGCGCUGAAGUUCAACAUCACCCCAAACAAGCUGGUGGAGCUCAAUAAGCUUUUCACACAGACCAUUGUGCCAGGCCAGAUCCUGUUCGUGCCAGAGGCGAGUGCUGCCAGGCUGUCGUCGGCCAGUCCCGGGGCUCCCGUCUCUCCCUCCUCUUCAGAUGCCGAAUACGAUAAACUCCCUGAUGCUGACUUGGCAAGAAAGGCCUUCAAGCCAGUUGAGAGAGUCCUGUCCUCUACUUCAGAAGAGGAUGAGCCUGUGGUUGUCAAAUUUUUAAAGAUGAAUUGCCGUUACUUCACAGAUGGCAAGGGCGUAGUUGGAGGAGUCAUGAUAGUAACCCCCAACAACAUCAUGUUUGACCCACAUAAGUCAGACCCUCUGGUGAUCGAGAACGGUUGUGAGGAGUACGGGCUCAUCUGCCCCAUGGAGGAGGUCGUCUCAAUAGCCCUCUACAACGACAUCUCCCACAUGAAGAUUAAAGACGCGUUGCCAUCUGACAUACCAAAGGAUCUUUGUCCUCUGUACAGGCCAGGAGAAUGGGAAGACCUGUCCUCAGAGAAAGAUAUCAAUCCUUUCAGCAAGUUCAAAUCCCUCAGCAAGGAAAAGAGGCAGCAGAAUGGGGAUUCCUCCGUUGCUCCAGGUGCCAAACAGAUAAAGCCCUCCAAUAAGGAAAAGUCUGCUGAUUUUGAAGGUCUUCAGUCGUCUAAGAGCACAGGCUCCAUCAAGUCAAAGUCUCUGGACCUUCCCAACAACAUCACUGCCACUGAACACUUGGAAAAGUUUGCCACGGAUCCCUGUGCAAAGGAGCCUGCUGUGGAAAAAAAUGCUGCAGACAUUAAAACCAAAGAAAAAUCCCUUUUGGGGGAAGGAGAGGAUGGCUUCAUUGAGCUGGAAAAGACGUCAUCUCAUAUAGACAAAGGGUUGGACAGGAAAAUCUCAGUAAUGGAAGGCUUGCUGGCUGGCCCCAGGGAGCUGGGGAGGAGGAGGCAGCAGGUAACCAAACCCACUCCAGAAGGCCAGGAGCGCUUGAGAGUUGAUUCCUUGGAAAAAAAGGACAGUGUUGAACCUAAAGCUGACUUAGACUUAGAACUGUGUGAAAAGCAAGAUGUUAUUCCAGAAGUAAACAAAUGUGUCAGUUCCCCAACAGGUAAGGUGGAGACUGCACUGGACACUAAGAAAGAGCUAGAGAAAGAUAAACUUAUUGAAUUUUACCUCAAUAAAGAUGGGAAUGGGUCUCAGUCAUCUGAAGACUUACACAAGGCUGAAAUCCAGAAAGGUGAAAACAAUAAAGCAAUGGGUAUAGACCUUACACUUAGCUGUUCCCAGCCCCCAGCUAAUGAAGUCCAUACGGUUACAAGUAUGGAGCUUGGUUCCUGCUGCGUUGGAAGGAGAGCACCUUCAUUAGAAAUCAGCUCAGCAGCAGCAAAGGAAAAGGAUCUGGAAGAGUCUGUGGACUCUUCGUUAGUACCAGCUAUAGACAAGACCUGUCAAGAAGCACAGUUAGACAAUCAAUCAGAAAUCAGACUGUGGCUGCUGCAGAAAAUUCAAGUGCCAAUUGAAGACAUGCUUCCUUCCAAAGAAGAGAAGAGCAAGACUCCUCCCAUGUUCCUGUGCAUCAAGGUGGGCAAGCCCAUGAGGAAGUCCUUCGCCUCCCAGAGCACCGCCGUGUCCCAGCAGUACAGCAAAAAGAUCAAGCAGCCUGAGUAUUGGUUUGCAGUUCCCCGGGAAAGGGUGGAUCACCUGUACACGUUCUUUGUUCAGUGGUCACCAGAAAUAUAUGGGAAAGAUGCCAAAGAGCAAGGUUUUGUGGUGGUAGAAAAGGAGGAGCUGGACAUGAUAGACAACUUCUUCAGUGAGCCCACUACCAAGAGCUGGGAGAUCAUCACUGUGGAAGAAGCAAAACGGCGGAAGAGCGUUUGCAGUUACUACGAAGAGGAGGAUGACGAUUCUCUGCCUGUCUUAAAGCAUCACAGCGCUCUGCUGGAGAACAUGCACAUCGAGCAGCUGGCCCGGCGCUUGCCCGCCCGAGUGCAGGGCUACCCGUGGCGGCUGGCGUACAGCACCCUGGAGCACGGCACCAGCCUCAAGACUCUCUACCGAAAAUCAGCGGCUCUCGACAGCCCCGUUCUCCUGGUCAUCAAGGACAUGGACAACCAGAUCUUUGGAGCGUACGCGACACAUCCCUUCAGGUUUAGCGACCAUUACUAUGGCACUGGCGAGACAUUCCUCUACACCUUCUGUCCACAUUUCAAGGUGUUCAAAUGGAGUGGCGAGAACACCUACUUCAUCAAUGGAGACACCAGCUCUCUGGAGCUGGGAGGAGGAGGCGGCCGGUUUGGGCUGUGGCUGGAUGCAGAUCUGUAUCACGGGCGCAGCAACUCCUGCAGCACCUUCAACAACGACAUCCUCUCUAAGCAAGAAGACUUCAUAAUACAGGACGUGGAAGUGUGGACAUUUGAGUGAAACGCUGCCUGUCGUAGGGACUGGACCCACGGGGCACGUAAAAGCCAAGGCGACGGUGCCGGCGGCCUCACGACGUCACACGCUUUUCCCUCCAGUUUGUACCAGAGCAUGACUGCGCCAAACCCAGUACCCACCCCCAGGAGACCCGCGCCGGGUCCAGGGGCCGCAGGAGGCGGGACGGCGGGAGGUGGGACUGAGCGUCUGUCCUUCCUCCCCACCGAGGGCCCACGCUGCUGGGAACGCUGAUGGUGUGUGAGCUCAAAACUUGGCUGUAACUGUGAAAAAGACCCUGUGGGAGAACUAUCACUGUCUCGUACAUUCCAUGUGUAUUUAUGUUCAGCCUACAAAUGCUAACCAAAAAUAAAAGGUUACAUUACCAAAACCUACAGCAUAUUGUUUGCCAUGGAAAAGAAUCACAAAUAGGUGUACACAGCACUUAAGGGAACAUGUUUUUUUAAAUCUUUUUAUUUAUUAUCAUUGUAUAGCAAUCUUUUUUUGUCAAUGUAUUAGCUAUGAGUUUGUUUUCUUUUAAUGUUUCAAAUCUCAGUUUGAGAAAUAAUUACCAUUCAGGUAGGUUUCUUAUGCAUUGGCAUUCAUUCUGAAGCAAUUUAUUUGAUUUCUGAAGUUAAUUUUUAUAUUUUUUUAUUUUGUAAAUGAGGUUUUCAUUUUACCCGAAUUAGAGGGUUUGUUUUCUGGCAGAAACAUUUGAGUGCAUAAUCCUGUUUGGGUUGUUUUCCUGAGACGAGGGAGAAGGUGGAUGGUGCUUCUCGUUAGCUCUGCUGCCGCGUCCCUCUUCCCAGGCGAUGGCUUUGGCAGCCUGUGCCCAGUUGUUGGGACCCCACAGCCUCACCAUGGGGACGGGGGGCUCAGCCCUGCCCGGGGGUGUCCGACUGUUCACUUGGGGCAUUUCCCAGGGAGGCCGGGUUUUCUGUAUCAAUGAGCCACCCGCUGUGCUUCUGUGAGCACCUCUCUGCAAACAGGAGGAUAACCGCCUUGUUAAGGAGAAAACACACCUGAGAUUGGAGAAGGUGGCGGUUUCCCCAACAGGCCAGGUCAUGUUAGUGUAAUACUUGUUUUCUGGGUAAUUAUACAUGUGAUUUCCUUCCUGAAAAAGACUUGAAGCAACAGGCUGGCUUAAGAUUUGACAGGCAACUCAAUAUUCUUCUUUGUUCUUCAUGAAAUACCCAGAUACCUUUCCCCCUCUCCCCUCGACACUGAAAGCCUGCACGUUGCACGAGGAGUGUUGGUGAGCAGGGAGAGCGUGGCAGGGGACCGGCACCUCCGCUGUUUGCCAAAGAACCCUGCUCUGGCCGGGAGCCGCGGGCUUGUUUCCCUGGUCCAGACCCCACCAGGGUGGGGAGACCCCCUGCCCUGGGACCCCAGUGUGCCCUGCUGCUGGGAGAGGGGGGUUUCACUACCAGUGCUGGGCUUUCCACGUUAAACACUGCACCCAGAUUUGGGAAUGCUAUUAACUGAGCGCUACAGCUCCAUUCAGCUACUGCUCUUCCCUUUUUGAGUCGAUUUAAAAAGAAAACAAAGCAAGCAGCCAAGUGAUUUUCCUUUGGAAGCGCUGCUGGCCCCGGCGCUGAGAAGGAGAGCGAGCCCCUCGUGCUGUGGGGCAGCUGUGCCCCAAAUAAACACCUUAUUGGCGGGGCUGGAAAACAUUUUGGGAGUGUCUAACGGCAUAACGCUUGGAAAAUACCAGGAAUGUCUAAUAACGUUUGCUCUUUCAGAUGGUGGCAGAACACUUAAAAAAAACCCAAACCCACCAAGUUCGACAUUUUCCAUCCAUUUCACUCUUGCUACCUGCAACUUCCCCCGUCGUCCUGUCCGUGUCGGAGCAUACCCAAACGCUGUGGGCUGUAUUCAAAACAGUGUUGUUCGAUCGAAAUCCUGUGACCCUUGAGACUAUGACUAUUGAAUAUAUGUAAUGCAGUGCUAUCACAAUAUUUUCAAUAAAGGAAUUUAUGCAUUCAGAAA